CGCUCAUAAUCCUUUGUCUUGAACCAUGACCACAGCUACAACUUUUACUCGAAAUGAUAUCGAGAUCGCAACAAGGGCAGCAGACGCAUUUACGCGUUUGUACUACACCACAUAUGACUCACCUACAAGGGUGGAUGACCUACCUAAGUUUUAUCGCUCCUCAUCGACCUUGACGUGGAACGGAAAUCCAUGUCAAGGUACUGAGGGUGUGAAAAAACUUAUCCAAGAUAUGCCAAGCACCAAGCAUGAAGUUCAGUCCUACGAUUGCCAUCCUAUACCAGGCUCUCAACCCCCAUCACUUCUUGUUACGGUCUCUGGUAAUGUCACUCAUGGACGCGGUCCUGCUGGCAAUCCAGUAUCGACACCGAUUAAAUCAGUCGAUGGACAGCCUAGAGUCUUCUUCCAAUCAUUCAUGUUGGUGCCCGAUCCAACAGCACCAGUGGUCAAAGCGGGAGAGGUUGCGAAGUACUAUGUAGAUGCUGAUGCUAUGCGAUUUGUGGGCUAAUGCUCUCGUCGACGCAAAUAUACCAUCUUCGAGACUUUCAUUAUCUAUCGGGUAUUGUGGAUCAUCUGGCCACCAAGUGGAUAGGUCAUUGCGCGAUGUCUGGUGGCCUAGUAAGCAAUUGCAACAUUAGAACCAUGUCGCCACUACCAGCGACCUUUCAAGUGAUCUAGUGUGGACAUCGAGCAGCAAACUGCAGCAGGCUGGUCAACGGUGACAUCAUACUUUACAACUACAAAUAAAUAGUAAAUUACUCCAACAACUAUGGAAAGUUUCAACCAAAUGUUUGACUCUAUUGGCAGCAUUAGCACAUAAUCAAGCAGCA